UGGGGCCGAGGUGCCGUGGGGCAGAGCAGGGCUCUGGGGAUGGUGUUGGGGUGCUCGGCUCCUGCAGAGCCCCCCAAGACGUCUCCAUCACCCGGCGCAGGGCAGCGCAACGGUUAAGCGCGGGAGGCUGCGCCGGGCUCCUGAGGAAGAGGAAAUCUCGGCAGGAACAAGGAAUGGGCAAGACCUGGGGUGGCCCCACGGGGCCCCGCCGGCAGCCCGGACGUGCCUGGAUCCGGCCACGGCGCGAGGCCGAGCUGCGGGGCCGGGCUGAGCGGGCAGGACUCGGGCCCAGAUGGAGGAGCCCCUGCCAGGCCAGCGGGUGGAUGAGGACGAGGACGAGGAUGAGGACGAGGCUGCUGGGGGGGACACCCAGGACGUCCCGCACCCCGAGGAGCACAUCGCCCGCCUGCUGGCCACCGUGGCCCGGCUGCAGCACAGCGCCGAGCAGCUGCAGCGCCGCCCCAGCAGGUACCGGCACGCGGCGGCACCGGCACCGGUGUCACCCGGGCCACUGCCAGCGCUUGGCCUCGCCGCCCUGCAGGGAGGAUGAGGAGGGCUCGGGGGGCACCAGCAGCCUCCCCGCCGAGACGCAGCAGCCUCGGGAGCUCGACGGCACGCGCAGUGCUGGUGCUGGUCUGGAAGCCCACGGCCCCGACCUCUUCGCCGACCUGCAGCACGCCGUGAGCUCGCUGGAGCGCGCCGUCUUCUCCCGGCACCGCCGAGCCCCGGCACUGCCGGCGGAGUGGGCGCGGGCGGCCAAGAGCCUGGAGGAGCUGGAGCAGGCGGCGGGGGCUCUGCCGGCAGCGUGCGGGGGCUCGGAGGAGGGCGAGGGGCUGCUGGAUGCGGCGGCGAGGAACGCGGCACUGCGGGCGGCCCUGGGGCAUCGCGACGAGGAGCUGAGCCGCGCCACGGCCUCGCUGCGGGUGCUGCAGGGGGACCGCGAUCGGCUGCAGGGGAAGGUCCGGGAGCUGCAGGAGGCUCUGGCCAGGCUGGAGGAGCCGGACAGCUCCGGCAGUGGCACCGUGGGGCCGGGGGAACCCCAGGUGAGUGCGGGGCUGAGGUGGCUCCAAGGGUGGGAUCUUGCCUGGCACCAGGCUCUGCCUCUCCCCUCUGCAGGACCUGCCCUCGUGCCUCCCGAGCUGCGAUGGCACCCACAGCCCCACGGCACCCACGGCACCCAGCCCCAGAGCCCACUCUCCCCCCUGCCCUCGGAGGGUGCUGAGCAGGAGCUGGAGGAUCGGGUGCAGCAGCUUCAAAGGUGCGCGGAGAGGCUGAAGGAGGUGAACCAGCAGCUGGUGGCCGCCCUGCGGGACUGCAAGAGCGACUCGGAGCGGCUCAGCAUGGUGCUGGGGCAGCACGAGUCCCGCAGCAGCGCGCUGCGCCUGGCCCUGCACUGCAGCGAGCGCUGCGCGGAGACCUACGCUGCUCUGCUCCACCAGGCCUGGGCGAAGCUGGGCAGGGGAGGGGACGGCCCCGGAGGUGGAGCAGCAGGGCAGCAGAGCCUGGAGCACGGGUCUGGAUCCGGCCCCGAGCCCCCGCAGCUCCCUCACCGAGCAGACCCGGACGGCCAGGAGGAGAGCGGGGCCAGCGCCUGCCCCGGGCUGCAGAGCGCCCCGGUGUCCCAGGGGACGGAGGAGGGGGACCUGCGGGAGUCCAUCCGCCGGCUGCGCGCCGAGCAGGCGGCCGUGCAGGGGUCCCUGUGCGACGCCCCCGCGCCCGCCCGUGCCCUCACCCGCCGCGGCGAGGACGCCCGUGCCCGUGCCGAGCGGGCUCUGCGCGACGCCCGGGCUCUGCUGCCCGGCUGGCGGCGGCCAGAGAAAGAGGAGCUGCUGCAGGACCUGGCGGUGCUCAAGGAGGCCAUGGCCGAGCUGAAGACGCGGCUGCAGCUGGUGGAGAAGGAGAAGCGGGGCCUCGGGGUGCUGGCGGCGGCGCAGGGGCCGCGGGAGGCUGCGCUGCGCCUGGUGCUGCAGCACCUGGAGCGGGAGCGAGGCGGGGGCUCCCCCAGCCCCCCCAGCAGCUCCAGCAGCAGCGAGGAGGAUGCCCAGGCCACCCGAAUGGGAGCGGCGGCACCCAGGCACCCCACGGACCCGGAGAGGAUGGGGCAAGAGCUGCUCCGCGCCCAGGCACGCAUCGAGGAGCUGCGCGCCCGGGCACGGGCCCUGGUGCUCUCGCUGGAGCAGGGCAGCGCCGCCAGCCGCGCGCAGCAGGAGCAGUACGUCACCAUCACCGGGGACUUCUUCCACGCUCACAGGGCGCUGGCCCUGGCGUACCGCGGCGCCCGGCAGAAGCAGGGGGCCCAGCUGCGGCGCCUGGAGGCGCAGGCGGGUGCCCUGAGGGAGCAGCACGCCCAGCGGGUGCAGGCGCUGGCCCGACGGCUGCAGGCCCUGGAGCAGCGCCCGGCUGGAAGCGAAACCUGCAUUUAGGACCCCCCCUUGCCCCCCCCCAGCGCGAUGGGGACGGGAUGGACCCACGGGGACAAUAAAAUG